CAGCACACUCGGCUGCAGCAGAGGAGUCGGCUCCUGUGGAAACAUCUGGAGAGAAACAGCUGCUGUGAGAAGCUGCAGGAUGCACCUCCUCUCUCUCCUCUGGACACUCGGGCUCCUGCUGAAGGAGGCGCAGGCUUGGGGCUACGCUAAUGGAAUAUUUCAUAAUUCGAUAUGGCUCGAACAAGCAGCUGGAGUUUACCACCGGGAAUCCCGUAAAGGACGAUACCAGCUGACUUUGAAAGAGGCCAAGGCCGUGUGCAAGUACGAGGGGGGAACGCUGGCCACGUACGAACAACUGGAGGCCGCUCGCAAAAUAGGUUUCCACGUGUGUUCGGCCGGAUGGUUCGACAAAGGUCGCGUCGGUUACCCCAUCGUCAAGCCCGGAGCCAACUGUGGCUUCGGGAAGAUCGGCAUCGUGGACUACGGAUACAGACUGAACAAGAACGAGCGAUGGGACGUGUACUGCUACAAUCCACACACGAAGGAGUGUGGUGGAGUUCUGACGGAGCAGCAGAAGAUCAUCCAGACUCCCGGUUUCCCUGAAGAAUACCAGAACGAGCAGAUCUGUUACUGGCACAUCCGCGCCCGCCUCGGUCAGAGAGUCCACCUGCGCUUCCUGGAGUUUGACGUGGAGGACGACAUGUCGUGUCUUGCCGAUUACCUGGAGGUUUACGACAGCUACGACGACGUCUCGGGCUUCGUUGGCAGAUUCUGUGGGGAUUAUUUACCUGAAGACAUAAUCAGCACAGGAAACGUGAUGACGCUGAAGUUCCUCACCGAUGCUUCAGUCACGUCCGGAGGUUUUCAGCUACAAUACACGGCCUUUAAUGCAACGUUAUUGCAGCCACACAACCACACCCACCACUUUGAGCCGUGAUCACGUUACUGUAUUUAUAAUGUUUGUAAUCUGUAAUAAAUGAGUCGUUUGACAGUCGUCUUGUUAACAAAAUAACUUUGGAUUAUUUACAUUAAAUUUUCCCACGUCGAGUCAAUUUUCAA